AUGGUGUCAUUCUCUUGUGAAGUUUGUAACGAUACAGUCAUCAAAAAGAAAUUAAAUCAGCAUGCUCAAAGAUGUCAUGGAGCUUAUUUUACAUGUAUAGAUUGUUCAACAACAUUUCAUGGUAAUGAUCAUAAUAAUCAUACUCAAUGUAUAACUGAAGAUGAAAAAUAUCAAAAGAAAUUGUAUAAACCAAAAAAACAACAGAAAGUUGAAAAGAAGGAGAUAAAGCCAGUAGAGAAGCCAAUAGUGAAGAAAGUAGAAAAGAAGGAGAAGAAAUCCAAGACAGAAGGUGUGUCAAAGUAUGUUGAUACUGAAUCAAAUUUAUAUAAAAUACUUAAAAAGGUUGCAAAAGAUAAAAAUGUUUCACUCAAAGAUGCCAUUAAGGAGUUGAAAAUUAAUAAAGAAGAUGGUAAAUUGUAUAUAUAUUAA